GCUUCAUCUCCAACCUUCUGCCGGAAUCCAUAGCCAUGGAGAUUUCCCUUGUUCGUGUCUUCCUCACUAUCCUCGCCAACAUGCUUCUUCAGUCCCCCUACCAGGAGCCACAUUCCCCACCUCCUGAAUCAUCCCAAUGUUCAACACCACUUGCUAGCGAGAGUGGAGCAAAGAGGGGGCGGGGGAGGAGGAAGCAGAGGGGCUUGGAUGGUGGAGACAAGGUGGUGUCUGUUUACGAGGAAAAAGGGGCAAAACCAUCACCUUUCCCCCUUCUGCUGUUGUGCCGUGCAACGAAACGACGGAUCACAGAGGUGUACGACGAGAUGUGCCAAAUCGCUCGUAAUAAAAGGAAUGAUUUUGGCAAGGUUCAUGAGUUCAUUAACUGUUUGGUAGACGCAAGAAACGAACUUCUGCACAAGUCUGAGACGGUUCAAAGAAGCUGCAGAGUAAAGAAGGCCUUACUGUCCAACCCUUGUAGUCGUAGGGCUAACAGUUAUGAACGCCUCUGCGAACAGGUACAUAAAUUGGAAGCUGAGCACAAAAGACUAAAGAAGGAUGCAGAUAUCUACAAUUAUAUCCAAGAGCAGCUUCAGAUGUCACAUUCAUACAAACUGUUGACUGAGCUUAGUGCAAUGAUGGAGAGGGCAGACCGUGAGGAAGCCCUUGCUGCCGAGGCCACUGAGAUGACAUUCGAGGAGCUGCUGGCUCUGGAGAAGAGCGAUGCCGCCUUCUGGCAGCGUCACAGGAAGCUGACCUCAAUUUCAUCCAAGUAGACUCUGACAACUGACAGCACAAUUGCACCAUCGUCAAUAGAAGUAGCCCAAACCCGUAACCAAACUUGUUUCUGGUGGAGCUCUUAUGUUGUUGCUAGUUGCAACCAUGGUGUAAUGUGGCUUUAUCAAGCUCUUGGGCGCCUGAGUCCAGAGUCCCUGACCUUAAAACCAGGGUGAUUCAGGUGGUUGGCUGAUGACCAGCAAGUGCUCUUAUACAUGUUA